GUUUUCUUCCCAAUUUUGGGCCUCCCAAGUUUCAUCAUCCACGUAAGGAAUAGUUAGAAUUGUGAAACGAGCUCCGAUAGACAGUUUGCUGAGCACCGUCACCGCUGGAACAUCAAGGCGCGGACUGAAAAUACGAGGUUAUGAGAAAGGAAAUCAACUGAAAAAAGCCAGAAUAAAUAAGAAAUGAAAAAUAAUAAAGGAAUAUCUGGGACAGAGGACCACAACUAAACCAAAAGGAGGGCUGAAGAAAUAUAGCAAGAGAAGCAGAUGGCUCCCACUGAAGAAAUAAACAAUUCAUCAGCUACAGCCACAACUAAUAGAACAUGUUUGUUGGAUGAACAGUUCCUCACAAGAAUGAUGCCUCCGGCCCUUACAAUCUUCUUCAUUUUAGCUGCAAGCUUUAACAGUCUAGCACUAUGGAUAUUCUGCUCGCAUGUAAAGAAAAAGGCCCCAAUUGAUAUUUUGAUGUUGAAUCUGUGUAUAGGUGACAUGCUCUUCGCAUUCACCUAUCCCCUCGUAAUCACUUAUCACAGCAAUAACAAUCAUUGGAUAUUUGGAAACUUUGUGUGCAAACUCCAAACAUCCUUUAUUUAUUUCAGCUUGUUGGCAAGUGUCUUCUUCCUGACAUGCAUCAGUAAUUAUCGGUGUUACAUGAUCAUCAAGCCCAUCCAGUCACAAAACAGGCUUACAAAGAAAUGUACCAUUGUCCUUAGUGUCUUUAUCUGGUUGUUUGCUGGUUUUGUCGCGACCCCAUCAUUCUUUACCGUCAAUGUCUUUGAACUGAAUGGAAGAUUACAUUGUAUGAGCUUUAAUCAGCCAAAUGUGGAGAAAGCUUUUCUAUCUUCCAGUAUUACAUUAUUUAUUGUGACCUUUGGAAUUCCAUUUGUUUCCUUGCUGGUGUCAACUUUACUUGUUCAAAGGAAACUGGCCAAUUUAACAUUAGCUCCUCGUUCACAAAAAGGCCGAUAUGCUGUCAGGAUGAUGAUAGUAAUAUUGUGCAUCUUUGUAAUAUGCUUUCUUCCUAUAAAUGUGACACGCAUAACUCUGUCCAUUGUGGGCAUCAAGAGCUGCACAAAUCUCCAACAAAUUGGAGUGGUUUACUACUGCUGCGUUCUUGCCAUUUAUUCUAAUAAUAUUCUGGAUCCCAUUGUGUACUUUUACGCCGGCACCAAAUAUCGGGCAAAGCUCAUUAAUGCCAUCAAAGGCAUGGCCUUUUGUAACAAGCUGCCUAUAGAAGCCAGCACCAACCAAUCCAACAGUGAGUCAAGAGUGUGACCAUUGAUGCAAAGAGCCAAUGAUUUAGAAUAUCCUGACACAAGGCCAACUUUAACUCAAAGAAAUGCAAUCUUUGCAGCAGUAUCAGAGUUUUAUUUCACCUCUACACUUCAGAUCAACUGUCAAACUUAGGCUAAAUGGGGUGUUCCAGCGGUUCAAGCCACUAUUACCAAUGCAUGGAACUAGUCCAGUAUUAUUAUUUAACUAAUGUCAAAAGCAGAUUAACUGACCAUUCUUUUUCUAACUUACUGUGUGUAAAUGCUUGCUGUGGUGCCAAUAGACAGGUGUUUUCAGCCAAGUUCAAAAGUGAAUCAUUGUGGUAUGCUUCACUGAAAACAUCUCUAAAAUAGGCAUUUAAGGCACUUAAAAAUCCUUGGCAAUAGUUGUUUUGCAUUGUAAUAACCCAAUGUACUAUUAAAGUUGUUCCCAUGAGUUUAUUUGUCUAUACAAAUAAAAACAUUGAAUUGAUA